CUUCAAUGGCAAACUCUUAGAUGCCUUUCAGGCCAUCAAAACCAUCAGUGUCUCGGGACCCCCUGGCCCUCCUGGACCCCCAGGACCACCCGGAAAAGAAGGUUCAAAGGGUGAACUUGGCUUGCCUGGGCCUGCUGGGGUUGAUGGCGAAAAGGGUGAAAAGGGAUACACUGGAGAGCGUGGUGAACCCGGAGAGAGGGGGGGAAAGGGAGAAAUGGGCCUCUCUGGUCCCUCUGGAAUGGAUGGGCAGAAAGGAGAGAAAGGAGACUCUAUACUAGAAGACAAUCUGGUUCAGAUGAUUUCACAGCCUGGUCCACCAGGGCCUCCAGGUCCACCAGGACCACCUGGAUACAUGGGUCAUCGUGGCUUGCCAGGCUCCAAAGGUGAUCCAGGGGACAGUAUUAAAGGAGAGAAGGGAGAAACUGGUGGUGCAGGAAUACAAGGCCUUCAGGGUCCUCAGGGGCCCCCGGGAUCAACAGGAUUAGUUGGUCUUCCCGGCACAAAGGGUGAAAAGGAUGUUUUCUUUCCGUCCUCGCCGCUCAUCUCGAUCUUGGGAGAUUUGAAAUUGGCGGGAUCUUCAACCGUGAGGUUUAUUUGGGUUUUCAUGCCAUCUAUUGUAUUGGACUUCUGA